CGCCAGCUCCGCGUUGUCCGACAGCCACUGCCUGCAGGGCAGGGGAGUGCGGGGAGUUGCCAGCACUCAGGAUGGCGCCCAAGGCGGUUGCCCUUGUCCUGGUUCUCCUUGCGAUCUCAGGGUCACGGGCUGAGGUGAACCCUGAUGCUGUGGCCAAUGUGAUCUGGAAGUACUUCACGGAGCUGGGCAGCAAUGCCAAGGACACGGUGGACCAGCUGCAGCAGACCGAGAUCAGCAAGCAGCUCAACACCCUGCUGCAGAGCAACCUGCAGAGUGUCAGCGCCUACGCCGAGGACCUGCAGGAGCGGCUGGUGCCCUUUGCCAUUGAGCUGAAGGCGCAGUUGGCACAGGACUCCCAGCGGCUGAAGGAGCAGAUCCAGCGGGAGCUGCAGCAGCUGCAGGCCAAGCUGGCCCCCUACGCCGACGAGGUGCACCAGCAGAUCGGCACCAACAUCCGCCAGCUGCAGGCCAAGCUGAGCCCCUAUGCCGAGGAGCUGCGCUCCCAGGUGGAUCGCAGCGCCGGGGAGCUGAAGCAGGCGCUGGAGCCCUACGCGGCCGAGCUGCGGGAGCGGCUGCAGGACAACACCGACAGCAUCAAGGCCUCCCUGAGCCCCUACGCUGACCGGCUGCAGCAGCAGAUCGACGGCGGCGUGGAGAGCCUGAAGGAGCGGCUGUCGCCCAUGGCAGAUGAGCUGAAGGCGCAGGUGGAGCAGAGCGUGGCCGAGCUGCGGCGCGGGCUCAGCCCCUACGCCCAGGAGGUGCAGGAUGGCCUCAACCGGCAGCUGGAGAGCCUGACCAUUCAGAUGGAGAAGGCGACCGAGGAGCUGCGCAACCGCCUGGCCACCAGCUCCGAGGAGCUGCGUGCCCAGCUGAGCCCGCUGGCGCAGGAGCUGCGGGAGGCGGCGAGCGGAGACACCGAGAGCCUGCGGCAGCGCCUGGCUCCCCUGGCCCAGCAGCUGGAGCAGCGCGUGGGGCAGACCCUGGAGACCUUCCGGCAGCAGGCAGCUCCCUUCGGAGAGACCUUCGGGAAGCAGCUGGUGCAGCGGCUGGAGGAGAUGCGCGGCAAGCUGGACACGGGCGCUGCCGGCCUGGAGGAUCACCUGGAGCUGCUGGAGAAGGAGGUGCGGGAGAAGGUGGCUGCGUUCCUCAGCACCGUCCCACCCCCACAGAAUUAAGACGCUCCAGCCAGCCAUCCACACACAUUCCAAACAUUCCUGGCCACUUCCAGUGGUAGAAAUAAAUCUCCUUGUGAUGCACAUGCUGGUCCGUGUCCUUCCUUCUCACAGCAUCCUGCUGUUCUGCCCUGGGAUGGGAUACCUGGGGCACCCUCAGCUGCUCUGAGCGGGGAGCAUCGCCCCGAAUUUGGGUUCUGGGGCACCAGGGAGAGGGAGCAGGGGUGGGGUCAGGUGGGUGGGAGGUCUCUGUGAUGGUUGGAGAUGGUGGCAGCCAGGUGAGCCCACGGACCAGCACAGGGCCGGGGCCUCGCUGUUCCCUCAUCACGGCUGGGGGCUGCGGGAGGAGCAGAGCCCAGGAUGCGGCCGAACAUCCCCGCUGUGAUGGGGCAGAGCUGGUGAGGGACCGGGAUCUGCGGGUGGGUGACAGAACCUCGGCCCCAGAGCGCAGCGGGGCUUGGACAGGAAGGGAACUCGGCGGAUCGGGGACAGAGAAAGGGGCUGAGGGGUUCUGCUGGCAGGAGC